AGAAGGGAAAGAACCAUAAAAACAAAAAUAAAAUUGCAAAAGGCACAAAACAAAUAAUCCCCAAAAUCAACCAUUCCUCCACUUCCAAUUUCCAUUAUCUUCAAACCCUAAUUUCUGCCCUUGUGAUUCCACCGUCGCAGCUGCCGCCAAUGGAAACAUCGAAGCGCCGAGGAUCACAAUCAUCAUCAAUUACUGUUUUAACCAAUGAUGAUUCAAUUUUUCUGAUAGAAAUAAUAUCGGAAAUACUCAUAAAACUGUCCGUAAAAACCUUACCGAAACUGAAAUGUGUAUCUUAAUCAUGACUUUCACUUAUAUCAAGUUGUCAGUUCAUCAAAACUCAUCUGAAAAACUCAGCUAGUAAUUUGGAUUUUGUUCAUCACAGACUUCUCAUUAUUACAUCAGGUUUUCACAUUCAAGACGAAGGGGAUAGGAGAUUGUAUAGAAAGUUUCAAACGUAUUCUCUUUACGCAAUUCUAUAUGGAGAAUCACUGUGUUUACCUGUUGAGCUUCGUGAUUUGGGUAAUACAGUUUGCUUUAAUUACAAAAUUUUGUGUUCGUGUGAUGGAUUAUUCGCUAUUUCGGUAACCUGUGAUUAAGCUGAGGAUUUAUUUUUAUGGAAUCCGUUUAUAAGAGAGUUGAAAAACCUUCCUGAUUCGGGAAGAGAUGUGCGCACUGGUGCUUGUUCGUAUGGAUUUUGUUAUAUCGAGUGUCAAAAUGAUUAUAAAAACGUAGAAAUUGGGAUGGGUAAAUUUGAUGAUAAGAUUGCUCAUAUUCAUGUUUAUAGUUUAAGGAAUAAUUCGUGGAAAGAGAUUUGGAAGUGUCCAAGUAUUUGUUUGACUAAUCAUAUAAAAUUUGUUAAAGGAAAGCUUCAUUGGAUUACCGGUGAUGGUAGUGAUAGGAACGGCAUGUGGUUCAACCCUGGAGAUGAGACAUUUGGAAAUGUAGCAUUGCCGAACCCAAGUGGUGACACUUUCAACUGGAAAUUAGUGUCUUCAGCAGACAUUUCAGGUUUAGUGUGGUGGUAUGUUUCAAGAGAUGAUGACACAUUUGAGCGUCCUAAGAAUCAAACACUUUGUGAAUGUGAUGGAUGUGGUGCACUUAGUCUAUACGUUGAAAGUCUUGUUUCGCCAAAUUCACCUUUUGAUCGAUGAGUGGAAGGAUAAAAGUUUGCGCUAUAGUCUACUGAGGUAAGAAACGGUACCAUCAAGCUCUCAAUAUGAUAUGUAAAUAGACAACCCUAGUAGAAUGAUUGUGACUAUGUUCCUUUGUGUUGCUGCUUUUCAUGUUGAUGACAUUUAAACUCUGAAAAAUACUCUUUUGUGUCCAAAGUUAUUCGUUUUUUUCCUUAAGUAUUUGGUUAGUGUAUCCUGUUGUUGCUCCUACAUAAUAUGGGGAUAAUUGAUGCAUAAAGAGGACAUAUAAUGACACAUUGAUGAACAUUAAAACGAAAGGACAAUGUUGAAACAUUAUGUAUCUAGCAAGUUCCUGCAAAACCAUGAACAUAAAAGUUAAAAGCUCAAUGCAUAACAAUGUGUGUGUUUGAAUUAACUUGGGUGCAUUUCAACUAUGUUUCGUUGGGUAUUAUUACUUUCUACCGUCACAGGUAUCGAGUUAUUAUGUUCAUUAAGAUCGGCGCAGAUGAGAAAUAUAAAAAUAUUACAGAUCACUGCUGCAAUUGUGAGCUCUUUUUGUCAUGUGUCUUGGAUUUUUUCAAAGGAAAAUUUCAGAAAUAGCCAAGUUUUUAGGAUAUAAAAAGUAGUCACUGUUAUGAAAGUUCAAUUUUGCGCUGCCGGAAGAGAAAUCACUAUUGUAUUUGUUUUAGAUAUGUGAUUUUAACUUAAGCCAAGGGUAUAUCGAAAACUACCUCUCUAUCUUCACAAGUUAGGGUAAGGCUGCAUACACACCACUCUUCCCAGACUCCACUUUAUGAGAAUAUAUUGUGUGUGUUGUUGUAGGAAGAAAAAACCCCCUCUUGUUUUCUUUAAGCUCGCUCUUCUUUCUUAAAGAAAACAAGAGAAGUGGACUUUUUUCAAAUUUCUCUCUCAUAAUCAAUACACAUCGUUGCCUUAUUUAUGUUAUUUCAUCUUGUUUCAUGUUUUAUUGUUUCACGUUUUAUUAUGACUUUAUUUACUAUAUUUUUGUCCGGAGCCAUGAGCCAGGGGACUAUCGAAAACAACUUCUCUAUGGUGGUGAUAUGAACUGCAUACAUUUUAUCCCCCACAGACCCCACUAGGUGGGAAUACAUGGGGUUCCCACAUAGUUUUGAAAGGUUCCUCCGUCAACCCUGAGAGUAAGACUUUUGUAAAAUUUAGGCCCAACACUGGUUUGGAAGAUGGGUGAAGAGAAACUUUAGUAUUAGGAUGUCUGUGGGAUCUAAUAAGGCUGAUCUUUGGGCUCUGUAAUUGAUUUGGGCCCUGUUGGGGCCCUUGAUAUUUCAUGUGAUUAUUCUUUGGGCUUCUUACCCAAUCCAUUCUAUCUGGUAUAAAUAACAUAAAUAUCAACCCUUUUGAAA